GUUGUUUGUGUCAGCAGCAGAUGAAGUCCUUACUCGGCACUUUUAUCGUCGACCGAAAGUGUUUCUGGAGGACACAUGGAGGCUGAAAGCGAGUCGGGAACACUGGACGACGGCGCUCUGAGCGCCGAACAGCGGGAGAAACUGCGCUUGUUCAAAAUCCAGACGAGGAUCGACAACGAGAAGUACCUUAUGGCGCAUCCUGAGGUGGAGAUCUUGGUUGGAGAUUUUCUCAGGGAUGUCCUUCUUAAAAGGCCCACUGAUAUUUGUGCUUUUGCUGCAGAUCAUUUCACGAACCCAGACCUUCACAUGGUUAUUAAUGCUAAAAUGGAGACCAUAAAAACGGACUGAGAUGACGCCUGGUAGUAGUUGUGAUGGACAAAAACAUGAAUUGUAUGCUGAAUGAAGCUUACUGCUGGAUUUGUACACAAUUUACGGAUGUGGUUGCGAGGAAUUCACAUUAAAAAAAUACAGUCACGA